AGUACCCCACCAUAGAUAGAUAGACAGAUUGUCUGCAAAGCCAGCCCCUUCAAUUCAAUAACCCAGCUAGUUGCUCUACCUAGAGCAAGGGAUUCAUGUCUACCUCUCCAAUUGAUUCAAGCUCAACUCAAGCGAGCGAACCCUACAACUGAUGGCGGGGGUUCUGGAUGCUUUGGCAUCCUACGUGAUCAACAUGCUCACCGAGAUGGCCAGAGAAGAGGUUGCCAUGCUGAUCGGGGUUUCCAGCGAGAUUGACAAUCUAGGCGUCAAGCUCGGGGAUCUCAAGAAGUUUCUUGCAGAUGCUGACAGGAGGAACAUCACCGACGAGAGCGUGCAGGGUUGGGUGGAGGAGCUUAAGCAUGCCAUGUACCACUCUACUGACAUCAUCGACCUAUGUCAGCUCAAACCCAUGGAGCAAGGCCCAUCCAAGGACAUGGGGUGUCUUAACUGCCUGCUAUUCUGUAUGCGGAAUCCCCUCCAUGCCCACGAAAUCGCCAGCCGCAUCAAAAUGCUCAACAAGAAGCUUGAUGACAUCUUCAAAAGGGGUGGUAAUUUCAAUUUUAUCAAGUUGGAAUCCUAUCAAGACCGGAAGACGACGCACCUUCCUAUUGUUGAUCGCAAGACUCAUCCUUUGCUGGAACGGUUGGGCGUUGUUGGGGAGAAGAUUGAAGAAGACACAAGGGUGCUUGUGGAGAUGCUCACAAAGGUGGUAGCGGACAACAGUGACAAUAUCAUGGUGGUCGCCAUUGUUGGUGUCGGGGGGAUCGGCAAGACCACCCUCAGUAAGAAUGUCUUCAAUGAUGAGGCCAUCCAAGGCAAGUUCUCAAAAAAGAUAUGGUUAAGCGUCACACAGGAGUUCAGCGAGGUUGACUUGUUGAGGACGGCCAUCACUGCUGCUGGUGGAAAACUUCCUGGGCCUGGGGGCAGGUCUCAAGAUAAAGCAUUGCUUGUGCCUAUUCUUGCCAGCACCAUCAAGGACAAGAAAUUCUUUCUUGUACUGGAUGACAUGUGGGGGGAUAACGAGUGGAACAAUCUGCAAAAGGUUCCAUUCAGCUAUGGUGCCCAUGGAAGCCGAGUCCUAGUCACCACACGGCAUGACACUGUUGCCCGAGGCAUGAAAGCCAUGCAGCCCUACUACCACAUUGAUAAAUUAGGGUCCGAAGAUGCAUGGUUAUUGCUUAAGAAUCAGGAGACAUGCAAGUACCUGCGCAUCAUAUGCCUCAUCAGCAGCAGUCUCGGCAGACUUGGCUGCAUCCCGAUCAGCCUGCGUAGCAUCCUCAGCAAGGACCGGUGGCACAGACGGUGGAGUAGGAGGCACAGGAGCAGUGGGGUGCGGCGGACAAGAGACCUCGCCAGUGAGAACACCCCACAGCCGAAGGCCGCGCAUGUGAAUGCAUCUGGAUCUGGAUCUGGCUGGCAACUGUUCACGCUGGGAUCGGGCAGCACAGCUUCCAGGCCAGCAGCGGGCGUGCAGCUAGCAGCUGGUGGGCGGCCGGAGCAGGGCUGGCAGCAGGCGGGCUGGCAGCGGGCGGGGCGGACCAAGGAGUGGCCCGCCGGAGCUGAGGCGAGCCGGUGCUGGCCGGGGCUUGCCGGUGCAGGCCGUCCAGGGGCGAGGUCGAGCUGGCGCAGGGCCGACCAGGCCUGCAGCGGGCGGGACGGCAGACGCCGCGGCGGCGGCUAG